AAUUGUUGUGAGUUGUGUGAGCUUGCACAUUUAUCCUUGGAUGAGUCUCUCACCAGUGGAGUAAGAGUACCCACCACCAUGACUUGAAAACAAACUGGGUCUCCCCAAUGUCUCCUUGUCUGGGAUUUUCUGUUUCCUUUUCAAAUUUCUACACCACCACCAUUCUCAAACCUCCACUUCCAACUCCCAAUUUCAUCUUCUCCUCAAUCGCGCCCUAACUCUCAUUCUUAUGCUAACAUGUGAUAUGAAUUUCGGAGCAAGCUAUGAAGUUGAAGAACAACGAUGCAGAACUGAUGGGAGCAUUUAUCUUUGUAUCAGCUUUUGUGCAUCAAUGAAGUUUUCCAAUGCAAGGCAUGUCUUGCUCUAGUCGAAAGCAUCACCAGUGACAGUCGACGUCGAUUCAAUCGUCUGUGUUUCUUACAGUUACUGUAAAGGAAGCAUUCGACUGUGUAGGUCUAAGUUCUAUUUCCGAUAUGCAAUCACCAAAGUUUAAUUUAGAAUGUGAAAAUGAUUCAGAAGUCAGUACCGAAGCUGCUUCUAACACGGUUGUUGUAGAAACAACCCCAAAGCCCUCCAAGGACAGCAGUAUCACUUCUUGCCUCACAAACUUGAUUAAAGCUAAUCCCGAUCUCGGUCCGGUUUCCCUCGACUUGACUCUUCAUUUUAACUCAAAUGACAUUGAUGCAAAAGGAAUUGGAGAUACUAGUAGUGAAGCAGUUGGCCAUGUUUCUGGCCCCACAAACCCAAGGGUGUUCCCUUGCAACUACUGUAGGCGUAAAUUCUUUAGUUCACAGGCGCUUGGUGGCCACCAGAAUGCUCAUAAAAGGGAGAGGACAAUGGCAAAGCGAGCUAUGCGGAUGGGUAUGUUCUCAAACAGAUUUACUAGCUUGGCUUCACUGCCACUCCACGGUUCGGCAUAUCAGUCACUCGGGAUCGAAGCUCAUGCUGCACUGCACCAUAAACUCAUGCCUGCUAGAAACAAAGCAGUGUUUGAUCAAGGCUACGUAGGAACACCAUUCUUUAUGGAAGACGAUGAUGUUGCUCCAUUUUGGCCCGGGAGUUUCCGACGAGUAAAUGAGGGGUUUGUUGGUUCUAUGCCAAGUGAAGUAUCUCAAGUUCCAAGUCCAAACUCUGGUAGGAGCAUGCCGCCCCCGAAAACAAGUACUUCCUCUUCACCUGAUCUUACUUUAAGACUCUAAGCCUUUUCUGUUCUGUUUUUCUGUUCUACAUAUUGCUAAUUGUUACAUAUUGAUGACUGCAAGCUUUUUCUUAAGUCAUAAUUCUUCUGUGUUUAUUCUCA